CCGCGCUUCUGUCAGGUGACUGUGACGCAACACUCAAGCGACAGAAGAGCCAAAACAUGACGCCCGAACGCCAAUUUCCCCGCGUUGCGACAGCUCUUACCGGCCUGACGUUCCUCCAGACGAUCACCCCCGCCGCGGCGUACGAUGGCGGCGACGCGGUGGCCCUGCUGCUGGGAACUGUCAUCGCCAUCGUGGCUUUCUGCACCUGCCUGGGCUGGUAUGCGAGGAAGCGAAACAGACUGCUGUGAGAAAGCAUAUCUUGCUUCUUCUGCUUGCCUGCCUUCUGAUUAUCCAACUACAAACUAAACAUGAACAUAUAUCCUUCUGUGGACGUCCUGGAGUAAAGUUUGAUGAUUCCAGAACCGGAAACACGUGCUGGAGCAGAAGCGGAAGUAAAACCUAUUAUCAUCUUGCACUUCUUUUUUCAGCACCAAAUACUGCUGUUGCUUCUUUGCUAUAAGACUUCUGCGCAUAUUCCCCCCUGGCGAAACAUAAAACACAACACAAUGUAUGAAUGUAUCUCCUUCUGUGGACAUCUUGGAGCAAAAUUUGGAUCACAAAAGUUUGUAAAGCAGUACCGGAAAUACGUGCUGGACAAGAACCGGAAGUAGGACCUAAUAGCAACAUGCACUUCAGAUACUGCUGUUGCCUCUUUACUUAAAAUGCUUUUGUGAAUAUUCUCUGUAACAGUCUUGCUUUUUCUUAAUUCCACAGCCCAGUAUGUGGGUUUUCAACAUCAUUUGCUAAAUAAAAGAACAUAAAGGAGGAUGUUUAGUUAUGUAUUUUUUCUUCUUCUAAACAAUACGUGUGUUUUCAACAUUAUUUGCAAAAUUAAAUAACUUAAACGAG